UCAUUCUGGCGGGUUUAUUCCUCCACUCUGUCAUCCCCUCUCUCUUUCUUCUCCUCUGGUCGGAGCACACAGCCUCCAUCAUCUUCAUCUAAGCCGGACUUAGACAAGAUCUCUCAAGACUUUUCCACAGAAUUAUCACCUGAAUAUUCGGAAUGGGACCAGCGAUGUGCCUGCAUCUACUGCUGUGUGCCAUCUGUCUCUUUGUCCUGUCAUCUUCAGCCGUCCACUGUUCUGCGGCAGAUGAGACUACACUACAAGUGACCAUUCCUGAUAGCUCCCCUGUGUCAGCCAUUUUGGGAGGCUCCCUGACUCUGCCCUGCCUGGUGACUCUGUCCCGGCCUCUCUCUCUGGGACGGCAUGCGGUACUUACCCACCCACGAGUCAAAUGGAGCUUUCUUUCAUCUAACCAAGAGACAGAGAUCCUCGUGGCCCGUGGGGAGCGGGUAAAGGUGAGCGAGCUGUAUAAAGGCAGGGUGUCACUUUUGAACUAUGCUGCCUCUUCAGUUGAUCUCACCCUCAGACUGGAUGACCUGAUACACAACGAUACAGGCUUCUACCGCUGCGAGGUCCAGCAUGGCUUGGAGGAUGCUCAUGACCAAGCCCAGGUCAAAGUAAAAGGUGUCAUCUUCCUCUAUCGCCAAUCCUCCAGUCGCUAUGCCUUCACUUUUGAUGAGGCCAAGGAUGCGUGUAAGGACAUCGGUGCUCAGAUGGCUUCUCCAGAGCAGCUGUUGGCCGCAUAUCACAGUGGCUAUGAGCAGUGUGAUGCUGGCUGGCUUUCAGAUCGCUCUGUGAGAUACCCAAUCCAAAUUCCUCGUGAAGGCUGUUUUGGAGACAUGGAUGGAUUACCAGGGGUUAGAAACUAUGGCGUGAUGGAUACUGAUGAGCUCUAUGAUGUGUAUUGUUAUGUGGAAAACAUCCAUGGGGAGGUUUUCCAUGGGCCGACAUCACAGCGCUUCAGCCUUUCAGAAGCUCAAGUGUACUGUGAGCAGCAGGGAGCUCAGCUAGCCACCACAGGCCAGCUAUAUGCUGCCUGGAAUGAUGGUCUGAACCAUUGCAGUCCAGGAUGGCUAGCUGAUGGAAGUGUUCGCUACCCCAUAGUGACCCCUCGUGAGCGUUGCGGAGGCUCUGAACCUGGUGUCAAGACAGUCUAUCGUUUCAGCAAUCAGACAGGUUUCCCUGAGCCACACACUCUUCAUGAUGCCUACUGCUUCAGAGCUAACAGCAACUCUCAGACAGUCCCUCCUAUAGAUCAUAUGGCAACAGAGCCAGAAGACAUCGACCAGCAUAUUGUGACUUUAGUUGACCCCCAGGAGGAGUACAGUGUGGAUCAGGUCACUCAGAAGUCAGAAAAUGAGGCUCAGGGUGCUGUUGAGUCCAUUUAUAGCAAACAGACUACUUUAAAACUAGGAGAACGCAAUCAGACCCCAAACCCUCAGGAUGAUGUCACUGCUAGCACCAAUAGCAAUCUCACCAUCCCAACUAGCACAGACAGAGAACUUGAAUCCACUCAGGUCACCAGGCAAAAAGAGAUGAGCCAUCCCAUUAAUGCUGAAUUUGUUCCAGAGAUUUAUAUGGAGCCAAAUCACAACCAUUCCAUGUCAAAGGGAGAAUCAAAUGUAUUGCAAGCUUCAACAAGUGAUUAUGUGACAGACAGCAAUCAUGGGUAUUACCAACACAUGCCAGAGACAAACUUUGAGCCAGAAGAGCCUACUGACAACAUCCCACCCUCAAAGGCUCAGCCUGAAGCAAAAGAGGAACCAUCUUCUGAAUUAGAAGAGAUGGAUGGGUCCAAACAUUUCCAGCCCAUGCCUAACACCAACCUGGAGGAUGACAAUGAAGAUAAUAAGCAUAGUGAGAUCUCCAUGACCACUGAGGUAACUACAUUGGAAUAUGAUCCAAGCAAUGAGACAACAACUCAGGAACCUACUGUCCAACCAGGUCCCUCAACAUAUCUUCCUGAGGGUGAGAGUAUUGCAGAGAAUAUUACAGAAACUCCAGAGCCAGAUGAAGACCUGGGUCUAGAUCACACGACUCAGUCCACCUUAGUUAGCCCAUCCAGCACUGCAUAUUUAGAGGGUUCAGGUGAAGAUUUGAACCUUUUGUUUACAGAAGUGACAGAACGUCUGAUCACCGCAGAUAAAUCGGAGACAUAUGGAGCAUCUACAUCUGAGACAACCACAGAAACCUUCUCAUUAACAGAUCUGAACAAGACUAGUCUGAGUUUUAAAUCCAGAUUUGAAGUUUCUAGUGUUAUAUAUCAGAACACUUCUGAAGACCAUCAUAUUGGAGAGAUCUUGGCUGAGACUGUUCCUGUAUCUGCAGUUGAUUAUGUCAGUGAUCACUUGACUACGAGCAUAGCACUUGACAGUGUGAAAGAAACUGAAUCAUCUGAAGGCUCCGGUGAUCAUGAUGUCCUGCCUGUAACACUGUUGACCACCCCUAUGCCUCACCUGUUGGGCACCCCAUCCGCACAUCAGCCUGUACAGGUAGAAAUAAUUUCUCCACGGGAGACUGAAAGAUUCUUCCCUGAAAGCAGCACCCAUUCUGGCCUGGGCAUUGCAGAGGAAUAUCUGGAGAAGGUUAAGCAGGAAGGGCUUGGAAAAGAACCUAAUCACGUUUAUACCACAUCCACAGAGCUUAAUAAUUCCACUGUAACUUUUAGCUUGGUUGGUAGUUAUGAGGAUGAGUCCUCAGGAGGAGAGCUGUCAAGUAACUGGUCUUCGGUUACUAAGCAUCCAUACUCAAAUAUGGCCACCAUUACACCCUCCAGCCCUACAGAUAUACAAGACAAUGAUCAUGAGAAAACGCAAGCAAGCACUGUGGAUCCCCCUACAGUUCUGGAGGUCACAUUGCUGCCUGAUGUGACCAAAACACCCAGCUGGCACACUUUGUCUUCUCCUACAAAACCAGGGCAGUUCCGGGCUGAUGUAGAAUUCAGUGGAGAGGCUUCAUUUACUACAGAUAACAUCAAAACCUUUGGUGAAUCUGAUUCUACUAAUGCCCCCACCACUAAGCAACCAGACCAAGCUCAAAAGACAUCCACCACAUCAGCUGGCAAUGAAAACAAUGAAGAUUAUGACCAUAUAACUAUAAAAGAAGACACUGAAAAUAUGGAAGAUGAUUUUGAAGCAAAAACCCCAUCUGAGCCUGCCACUCUUAAUCACAGGCCAACACAGAGAGUGUUGGUAAGAACAGGCAACAAUUUAGAUGCAUGUAUGGAAAACCCUUGUGAAAAUGGAGGCACCUGUGUGGACAGUGGAAAUGGUCCUAAGUGUCUCUGUCUAGCAACCUAUGGAGGAGACUUUUGCCAGACAGAUCUGGAGUACUGCGAACCAGGCUGGCAAAAGUUCCAAGGCUUCUGUUACAAAUAUUUCACUAAACGGCAGAAAUGGGAGGUGGCAGAGCAGCACUGUCGCAUGUAUGGUGGGCAUUUGGUCUCUGUUAUGUCACCUGAGGAACAGGAGUUCAUCAAUGAUAAAUACAGGGAAUAUCAAUGGACAGGUCUCAAUGACAAGACCAUUGAGGGAGAUUUCCAUUGGUCAGAUGGAAGCCCACUGCUAUAUGAGAACUGGUAUCGUGGACAACCAGACAGCUACUUCCUGUCAGGGGAGGAUUGUGUUGUCAUGGUGUGGUAUGAUGAUGGCCGUUGGAGUGAUAUCCCUUGUAACUACCAGCUCUCCUAUACCUGCAAGAAGGGCAUUGCAGCUUUCUGUGGCCAUCCCCCUAUUGUACUCCAUGCUAAGAUGUUUGGACGGCAGCAACUGAAGUACAGGGCAAAUUCACAGGUUCGCUACUACUGUGAGUCAGGCUUCAUCCAGAGACAGAACCCUGUCAUCACAUGUCAGAUCAACGGACAGUGGGAGGAGCCUCAAAUCACCUGUACACCAGCGCACUCAAACAGAGAACUGGUAACAUGGCCCACUGGUCAGAACAAGGAAAUAGUCAUAGAAGAUACAACAACAGAAAAAACAACACCUGAAUAUCUGGAUAUAAAAUGGAACUUUUAAAACACUUUUUUUUUCUUUGUUUUUCUUUUCAUUCCCUCCUUAUCAUGUCAGCCUUUCAUUUAUCCUCCUUAGAGACUUUAAUUUGUCAACCCCACCAUAUUCUUUAUAUAACAGCAAUGUUAUUAUAGGAAAUCUGUCCCACCUUAACUAAGUUCUUUUCUUCUUCAUUUCCCUUUGUGUACACCAUGACACUGAGUUACAUGCUUUGUAACUCUAAGAUAAAAGCACAAUUAACUGUCACCCUGUUUUAUAAGCAUACUUGAUGGAAAAGAUUAUAAAUGUUGGACCAAUCACGUUUCAUUACAUCCUUUUUUAUCAUUCCUUUUUUUCUUUUUGUAAAUUAUAAGAUAAACCUAUGAAAUAAAUGCUCUCUAACCUCAGCUGGUCUGAAUCAUGUUUUACAUUAUUCCCCUGUAGUGCCUAAACAUACCAGUCAUUCACCAUGUCUUGUGUUACUUAGAAUUGUUUGCCUAUCAAGACUCAACGUAAGUUCAGGAAUUUUGUAGACUAAAGGUAGACCAACAUUUAUUUUAUUUUUUAUGUGGACACAGUUUUCUGUAAUACACAAUAAUAUUUGUAUACUUUCUGUUGGUAUUAGAAUAUUGGAAUUAAAUGUCCAAAAAAAAAAAAAAGGCAUUGUAAGCCCUGCCUUUCAAGUCAUGUAAGACACAAACCUAUCCCUUUUGUUUGUUGAUGUAUGUCAAAAUGUUGGGCCAGUGAAGCUUUAUGAAAUAGGGUAGAUUCUUUAUACAAUGCACAAAUGUUUCUGAGUUCUAAGCCCAAAUCUAGAUUGAAUAUUUUUUUAAGAGAAGAUGGUGCUCUGUUUUUCAUGUUUAUUUCACACUCUUGGGGAAUGGCCAUUUUAGACAGACUAUUACUAAACAUUACAGGGAUGCAUCACUAACAAAAUCACAUUUUAGUUUUUGAUGGCCUGAAACCAGGGUGUAUUUCAUCACUAUAGAAUCAUCAAAUGAAUUACAUUCCAAGCAAUCACAACAAAAAAUGGAGGUCACAUUGCUGCCUGAUGUGACCAAAACACCCAGCUGGCACACUGUGUCUUCUCCUACAAAACCAGGGGAGUUCCGGGCUGAUGUAGAAUUCAGUAGAGAGGCUCCAUUUACUACAGAUAACAUCAAAACCUUGGUGAAUCUUAAUGCCCCCACCACCGAGCAACCAGACCAAGCUCAAAAGACAUCCACCACAUCAGCUGUCUUGCAGUCAUAUGAAAUUACACUAAAUUUGGGAGAUUUGUUUGGCUGAAUCAAAAAUGAAAAUAUUUAAAUAUAUGUGUACUCUUGGUUAUAAAGAAUUAGAUUAACACUAGAAUUAGAUAAUCUGUGGUUAACACUCGAACUAGCAUCACUAUGUAAUGUCAUACAUUUGUGAAGUGGAUUCAUGGGAAUUGUUUUUACUUGAUUGCUUUUUGUCAUAGUUUAGAGACACUGCAUUUGUAUGUAAUUUACAAGUGAUACAAAUAACUGUAAAACAGAAACUGAAUAUGUUUAAAUACACAUUAGGUAUUGUCAUUAGUAAUUAUAUUUACAAUUUUGUUCUUUGACAGUGCCAAAAUAAAAAUAAAAAAUCGAAUUAUGAGGUACCAGUAUAUGGUGUCAC